GUGCUUGCGAUCGGUGCUACGUGUAAUGUUCACAUGUAACAUCCGGAUACGAGGUUGAAUGCGUAGGCGUGUUUAUACAUUCUCCGAUGUGUUUUUUCUUCUCCCAUGGUAAAAAUGACGAAUCGAGGUGGUAGUUGUUAUUCAUAUUAAGACUGCCCGCGCUGUUAAAGGAUCUUGAUUCGAUUCGUCUAUAGUGGAGGAGAGUUGGGGGUUAUUUCGGGUGCAGAAUGGAAGGCGGGAAGCCAGGUGGAGACAUGGUGAAGCCGCCGAUUAAUCCGCAGCAAGCCUCGCCAGGAUACAGGGCGGAAGGGGCGCCUGAAGCAACAGGCGGCCCGCCGAUAGCAGGCGGGUAUCCCCCGGCCGGCCCGGGCGGGUAUCAGUCGCAGCCGGGGAGUUACCCUCCUCAGGGUUACCCAGCACAACAGGGAUAUCCACCUCCUGGACAGUCCGGCUACCCGCCCCAGCAUCAGGGCUACCCCGCCCACCAGCAGCCGCCCACCGUGGUGACGGUCCAACAGCAGCCGGCGACCACGCAGGUGGUAAUGACCGGGGGUUGUCCCACCUGCCACGUGGGCGUCAUGACGGACAGCUACACGGCCUGCGGCAUCAUCCUGGCCAUCUGCUUCUUUCCUCUCGGCAUCAUCUGCUGCCUCAUGAUGAAGGAGCGCACGUGUAGCAACUGCGGGGCCACUUUCGGUUAGAUGGUGCUCUCUUCAUUCUAAAGCACUCGGGAUCACUGGCCGAUCCAGAGACCAUGCCCUCAAAAGGAGCCACGUCAGAGAAAGAAAAAAUGUCUACCGUAUUUAAUUUCCCUUUUAACCAAAAGCGUGUAAAAAGCCUCAAAAUGUAGUCUCAACCCCCAGAAAAGCAAUCACAGUUUACAUUUUAAAAAUUGCAAUAGAGGGACUGCACAUUAUGUUUUUGUAAAAGAAUAAUUACUGACUACCAGCUGAAAGGAGUUUAUAUUUCUUGCCGCCCCUUAAAAAAGAUGGGCUCUGGGUCCGCCUGUACCCGACAGCUGGCAACGUUGCCUCGUACUUAGCCAGAGAGCAAGAUUAGGAUUUCAACUCACGUCUGCACUUUUGAAAAAAAUGCACGUGAAUCGAGAGCCGAAUAACAGGAUGAAAGUGACGUGCAGUUUGUAUGGAACUCCACGUCAACACGAGUUCAGAAUCAAAACUUUUCUCCUCAAAGUACAUGUAGUUUUAAAUGUAGCCUUAUAUAAGUAUCAUUACCUCGUACACGUAUCCGUGCUGCUAGUCGAUCAUUCAGCUUAGAAGUAUGAAUUAGCAAAUAAUUGGAAGAAACGGUGAGGAGGAGGGCUUGCAACUUCUCUUCAGCAGCAAGGAAGGUUUGUAGCGUAGCGAAAUAUUUACACAGAAAAGGAUAAAGCCGGGAAUAAAAUCUGGCGUGCCCGAAUUACGUGGCUAAGGUUACGAAUGACACAUGCAUCUAUGGUAGCCACGGCCCAACGGCUGCAGCCAUUUGACAUAAUAAAACGGACAUUUCGGUCGUAGCCACGUAAUUCGGACACGGCUGAAUUUUACAUUCAUGUGACGCGUAUACAGAAACGACUGAGAGAUAAUUUUGAAGAUUUUGAGAUCUCUUGAAAGUGUCUUAACAUUUAUCUCAGAAUGGAUUUCGAUAUUUCAAGUAAAUUCAAACAUAUCUUGAAAUCGUUCAGAGAUAUCUUGAAAUGGAAUUUGAAGUAUCUCACAAAAAUCACACAAAGUGUCUGAACUCUUCAAUUGUUUUACAAAUAUAUUGUAGAAAUUGAUAAUAUCUUUAAAGAAUAUUGGAUACCUUUCAAUAAUUUCAGGCUACUGUUUUCAAGUAUAUUAGUGCCACCUGUGCAAACCAAGAAAAUUCAGUUUCGGCCGAGGUUGAAGCUCGACCCUGGCACCGGUACGCCAUAAUAAGGAUGCAUAUUGCACCUUGUAUAUCUGUGAUAUUUUUGCAAAAGACAUUUUAUGUUUCAAAGGUGUACUUGCGUCAGGGAGAUACUUCAGUUUUAAUUGAAAAUUGAUAUCUGCGGUGCCUCUGAUACAUCUGAACAGUCGACCCCGGCAAGCUCGGUGGUCGAGUGGUCAAACCGUCUGCACUAAUAAACAGAAGGUCAUGGGUUCGAGUCCCACUUGAAUAUACUUGUGAAUUCUUUUCACAAGCUCUCAGACAAACACCCAGCUCAAAGUAAUGGCAAAAACCCAUUAUUACAAAUUGACGUUUCAAUAAAAGUGCUCUAUGUGAAAUGCAUGAAUUAUGAGCGUAUAUUUAUACAACCCGUAGAACUAUAGUUGAAUAUUUGAUGUUUGAUGAUUUUGGGUACUGAAUAAUGUAGUAUUCAAACUUGAGUCGAAAAAUAUAUGGUAUAUGCAUGUAAGUCGAAUGCAUUGUUCGUCAGUGUCUGUACAACCACAAAUUAAACCCUGUAGUCAGUAGAAUUAUCAUUGUGUCCCGUGGACUAUAAACGAAAUUUAACUUUUCUUUCAUGGCUAAAUACUUUUAAUAAUUUCGGCUUCAUUUUUUUCUCGGAAUUUGACCAGCUUUCAUUUUUGUAAGCAAAAGAUGGUGCCAAAUCGAAAUGAACAAGUGACCACGUACGUAAACACUGUUGUAAGUAAACUGCAUAGCCGUUGAGGCCUUUGAACUAAUUUGACUACAGAUGUAAGAAUAAAUGGAUAGCAUUUUCGAUACAGAUUCAUAAUUUAAUUUAACAGAGUGGAUGGCUUUUCCACAUUGCAAUUCUCGAAUAAAAGCGUUUAUUAGCACGAAACCUUGAACCCUAAAAAGAGGGGAUUUUUUUUAUAAUCUUACUGCAGGGAGCUGAGAAACAAAAAGCCUUAAAUGUAAUUGUCACGAAUUUGCUGUUUUUUAAAAAUAAGUCUAAUAUGCUUUGCAAUUGCACAACCAAGUUAUCUUAUUGACUGGCCAAAGCAAGUAUACUGAUCUAAACGAGAAAAGCAAGCGAACUUGUUCAGCAUGUGGGGUUUUUUUUUCCAUAGGCAAUUACUCUUUUUCAACCAUGCGUGUUGAUGUAAACAUCCGGGACGCUGUAUAAAAUUCCAUGGUAUGCUUUCUUCGUUACGCUGAAUGAUAUUCACAACUGAGAUGUUUGUUUGGUCUUUAACAAGAUAGUGUAUCAGAGACGUAGAUCCCGGGGAUGAGCAGUACACAUCCCCCUACUUUUUGACCAAGGGGAUGGACAGUUGGAUCCCCCCCACACACACAUUUUCGUGGUUACACAAAAAGUGGAUUUUCGAAGUAAUUUUUUCAAACAACCAAAAUGAUUUCAAUAAUACCAAAUAUGGAAGAAAAAGUACAAAAGCUGUAAAUACGCCAUUUUUAUGUAAGGUCAAGGGGUCCAAGUGUGUAGAAGUAUUAUGAACAACGCCCCCUAGUGUCGUAUGGUGUCCAGCCCCCCCCCAUUCGAAUUUCCACGGCGCAGGGCAAUGAUUCGACUGAAGUUAUCCCCCAUUUCCCCAGUCCCCUGCACAGAUUUACGCCACUGGACUGUAAAUUGUAUAGCAGUGCAUUUAUAUUUCUGAUCGUAGAUUCGUGGAUCAGAAUGUUGACUCGAUUUGUUCAAAGUGUCCGCCACCAUAUUUUUGUGAAUCGAAAAACAUAAGAACACGAGGUUGUCACUAGUUGGCUGAAUUUUUUACACAGGACAUAAUCUUCAAUAAUGGUACUCACCCAAAGAUUGGUGUGAUAUAAUGUAGCAAAAGAUGUGAAAUGGUUUACCGCAAGAGCUGCUAAAACAUCCAAACUCGUAGAGCUAUUUUGUAGUCGCCACAAAUUACAGGUGCAGAAUUCCAAUUACAUGUAUACAGUAUCUCUGCCAUAAUGACGUAUUUGAUAUGUUACACCUACUCUCUGUGUUCUAUGUAGAAUUUGUUGUAGUAGGCUUAUGAUUAAGAGUCAUAAGGUUUGUACGUCACCAGAUUAAUAGGAAGAUAUUAAUUUAACAUCUGUUAUACGUCCACCGUUCCUUGGCUGUUCAAAAAUUACGUUUGAAGUGUUACAGUGAAUGUGCAUGGUUUAAUUCUCUCAAGUGCUUUGUUAUUUGAAUAUCGGAAUUCGCCCUUAGGAAAAUUACAUCUCAUUUCCCUGCUACAUUGUAUCUCACACACGCAAUGCAACUAUAUUUAAAUUAGUAAAUCGGCGUUUAAUGUUGCGUAUACAUUAAUUUUCUGAUUGCAUUCACGCUUGCCAAGGAUUUAAACAAAUAAAUUGUAUUCAAGUUAACUCUGGAUUGAUUAAUUUUGAA